AUGUCUUUAUCUGAAAAGUACACCUUGUUGCGAGAGUCUAGCAUCCAAUCGAACAUCCUUGUCUCAGCAGAAUAUUCUUCGCAUGGUAGAACACUAUCUGAUGAUGACGUUUACGCGGCUCUUGCAACUGUCAUCAAGGCACACCCACCACUAUGUGCCGUUGGCGUGAGAUUGCCAUCUUCCAGCGCCGGAAAACAUAGUCUCCACCUCGCAUUACUGCACAAGAUUGAUCUGCAAAAAUGUGUGGUGUUCAUGGAUGGCGACGAAGACACUGCAGUUGGCCCAGCUCUUCUUGAGAAUGCGCACAACACGUGGGAUUGGACCGACGAUGAGCCAGACACUCCUUGGUGGAAAGUGCUUGUUGUGGGAAGGAAACACGUCGUGUUUGUGUACCAUCAUUUCGUUGGUGAUGGCAUCUCAGGCACCGUAUUCCAUCGCGCGUUUCUCGCCGCCCUUAACUCCUUACCUCUUGAUUCGAAACCGAUGUCAACUCAUGUUUCACUUACUUACCCUUCCACCAUCCAAUACCCACUUGAGCCUACCGAGCAUUCAAAUGUUACGCCAUCUAUUCCUCGACUACUCUGGAAGAUGCUGAUUUGGUAUUUGCUUCGCCUCUUCUUUGGCGGGAAGCUUGUCUUUGGUGAUCUUCCCCGGCCUCGACCAUAUGCUCAAUCAGUAGUGGCGAAGACUGUCUACACCGACCGAACAAUCACCAGAGUUUCGAGUUACCGCAUUCCCUCGCAUAAAAUGCGUACUGUGCUCUCUGCCUGCCGUGCGAACCAGACGACAUUCACACCCCUACUAUGUACCUUGCUGAACCUCACUCUCGCAGCUGAUUUUUAUUCCGAAGCGAAGUUUGGCGCAUCACGGUUUGCCUUUGACCUUCGACCAUAUCUCCCCUCGGCUGAAUUCGGCGACCUAGUUCGCAGCAAUGUAAUCAUGAAUGCCGCCGCAGGUUCGGCACAUAUUCAUUAUAUGGAGCCUUUCCGCAAGGCUGUUGCCAAAUACAACGGUUCAAACGGGGAAGCCGGCAAAGUUUCCUUGUUUCGCAGUACUGUAUGGCAAUUAGUCCGAGAACACAAGUCAAAGAUGGACGGCGAUAUUUAUGGGUCAAUCCGCGACUGGAUGGCGGGUACACUGAUAGGCAAUACGAUCGAAGAUUUCAUGACCACCUCCAUGCCCAGGAUAGGACAUUUUACCAGCGAUACGUAUCUAGUAUCCAAUCUCGGGCCGUUCUCGAGUAGUCCAAAGGGCGUUGCGACGACAGGCGAUGCAAAGGAAACAUGGACUAUUGGCGAUAUGCAAUUCUCGGCUGCUGCGACGAACGGGAAUGUAGGAUCUCGCAGUCUUGUCCUAAAUGUUGCCGGCGUGGCUGGUGGUGACACGGUCAUCAAUGUGUCAUAUGAGGAUGGCAUUAUAGACAGGGAGACGGUGGAUGCAAUCCUGGAAAAGGCAAUGGAAAAGCUGGAUUGGCUUCUCGAUUAG